AUGGCUCGCUCAUCCGCCCUGAAAUCACCAAAGCCCGUACAGAAGUCCUCUGAACACCCCUCGUUGACCCAGGAAAGUUUCGAGAAUGAAUUGAGAGAAUUGGCUGCAAAGGCUCAAGAAGAGACGUGGACGAAAUGGGUGCUUCAGCAGGCCUGGAUCCUCAUUCAGUCGGCUGUCUUAUUGACCCUGGCGGCCGCAUACUCCAACGUAUCCCUACUCACUCUAUCACCGGUCUAUGGCUCCAUUCCAUCUUCCAUAUGGCACUCCAAAGGCGUGAUGACUGCGUGUUUCCUGGGAUGGUCCGGCAACCUCUUCGUGAGGCGGCAGUUGCCAGUGAAGCCGGUCAAACUGCUGCCCUUCAUCGCGGCAUACAUCCCAGUCAUGCAAUUCUCCCUUUUUCGCAUCAGUGGCUUCAUGGGUGCGGUGUAUGGACCCAUCAUUAUUGAGAGUCUCACAUUCCUUCCACUUCUUCUCCUGUCCGUCUCGUGUACCGCUACCAUUCUGGAUGACCUGGAGCUCAAUCCAGGCCGUGUCCAAUGGCUGUCGGAUGCAAUGCCAGGCAUUUGCUCAUACGCAUUCUACAGAACCAUGGAAUACUUCACCGGCCACUGGACUCUGCGUGUCAUUGGGAAAGACUUGCUUCAUUCCCGACUUGGGCUGCAAUGUCAACUUACAGCGCUUUACUCUAUCUUUGCUCCCUCAAAGCUUCUUCUGUACGCCUUGCCGGCAUUGCUGCACACAUCCAUCUUCAACUACCACGUGCCAUACUCAUACACGACGUCUGCACUGAACUCUACGUUGAGCAAGUCUGGGUGGUCGCUCAUCGAUCGCGCCGAGUCACUCACUGGAUACAUCUCAGUCUUUGAAAGUGACAAGCAAGGAUUCCGGGUCCUGAGAUGCGACCACAGCCUGCUUGGCGGUCAAUGGCUCGCAGCGCGAGCAACACAUGGCCUCCCAGAGCCAAUUUACGGGGUUUUUGUGAUGUUGGAAGCUGUCCGGCUGAUGGAGGUGCCAGAACGAGUUCCCGACUCGGAAGCUACAGCGUUGGUGAUUGGCCUUGGUAUUGGUACGACUCCUGCGGCUCUCAUGGCCCAUGGUAUCAAGACAACGAUCGUCGAGAUUGAUCCUGUUGUCCAUGAGUAUGCGACCAAAUAUUUUGCGCUACCACCUGAUCACACAGCAAUUAUUGCUGACGCAGUAUCAUACGCCGAUGCAGUGGCUCGGUCUGGUGAACAAUACGAUUAUGUGGUUCAUGACGUAUUUACUGGUGGUGCAGAGCCUGUCGAGCUUUUCACCGUGGAAUUUAUCCAGGAUCUGAGGUCUAUCUUGAAGCCAAGCGGGGUAAUUGCCAUUAACUACGCUGGUGACCUGCUUCUCCCAUCCGCCAGGAUCAUCGUCCAAACCAUCCGGACAGUCUUUCCCACCUGUCGUGUCUUCCGCGAAUCUGAGCCAUCUCCUGAGAGCAUUGCAGCAGAUGGCAGAGACUUUACUAAUAUGGUCAUCUUCUGCACCAGUGCAGCUGAUAUAGUUACGUUUAGGAGUCCAAGCGAAGCGGAUUUCCUCCACAGUGGGGCAAGACAGAUGUUUCUCAUGCCUCAGCAUGAAGUAGAUGAGCGGGUUUUCACAGAAGUGAAGGCUGACGGGGGUAUUUUGAGCAGGAAUGAUACCGAGAGAUUUAGAAACUGGCAGCAAAAAAGUGCAUUGGGUCACUGGGCUGUGAUGAGGACCGUGCUGCCGGAUAUGGUUUGGGAAAACUGGUGA